UAUUAUUGAUGUACUGCAAUACUUGUAGGUUGGCAGCGGCCGGACUCCUACCGCUUUGCCGGUUGGUCGAGGCCCGAUCGACGGAGAACCCCGAGGUUGCAGCCCGUCAUUUCUACUUCGAUCGGUCGCUGAUAACAGCACUGGUCGACCGUUGGAGGCCGGAGACACAUACGUUCCACCUACCGUGCGGAGAGAUGACCCCGACCCUGCAGGACGUGUCCUACCUCUUAGGCCUUCCUUGCGCGGGAGCUGCUGUUGGGGUCAUCGAUAUGCAGGAUGACUGGAUCAACGACAUGCAUCAGCGAUUUGGGCCGGUGCAGCGAAACGCAGACGCACCCCCCUACGUGCCUGAGUUCUUAUCCGAUGCACGAGGGCCAACGAAGAAGUGGAUCCUAUAGUUCCAGCCGGCGUACACCCACCCACACGCCAACGCAUACGCGGUCUCGAGACAUUUGGAGGCCUAACUCCUUUGGUUGUUUGGAUGGGUGAUGUUCACUAGUGGCCAAGGCCACCUGGUUACGAGGACACUUGUGCCGUACGCCCGGUCGAUAUCGGACGCUGAUGCGGAGGACAUACCGUAGUUCAGCUGGGCAUCCGUUGUUCUUGCUGCGACGUAUCGGGCGCUCUGCGACGCAUGCACGAAGAAGGAGGCUCUAGCCACUUUCGCCGGGUGUCCACUUCUUCUUCAGCUAUGGUCGUACGAGCAUUUCGCCAUAAGCAGGCCGGUGGUGGAUCGCUCCCCGUACCCAGAGGAAUGGUACGACGAGACGGACGAGGACGCGCCCACAAUGGCCUCGCUGUGGUGUCGUCGACGGCCACACUGGGCCCACGAGCAGCCUCGCAGCGCGUACGAGCAUUUUCGUACCCAGUUCGACAGGCUACGUCCCAACGAUGUGGUAUGGGAGCCAUACAGCAUUCGAUCCGUGCAUACAUGGGCAGGGUUGGGUUUGUCACCCUUGUGCACCCGCGACGAGGAGUACUGGCUCACCAAGGCGCCCCUUGUCUUCGACAUCUACGUCGAAGAGUACUCACCGCACCACGUCAUGCGGCAGUUUGGCCGUCACCAGGCAUUCCCGGUCGUCCCCAUCCGUACCGUCCCCUUGCAAGUCCACAGGUACACGCGGAAAGGCCAGCCAGCUGGCAACCUCUGGGCGGACCGCUUGGCCUCUUACGUGGCAACAUGGGCCCAAGCGCUACAGGACGUCGUUGAUGAGGCGCGUCCCCACACCGAGGGGAACUUCAGGGAGUACCUACGGUGGUACGUGCCACGUACUCGGACACGUGUCACGUACACCCCUGAGGAUGUCCGGGCCCAUGCCGCAUCGACAACGGAGACAUACCCGGUGCAUUGGGACGAGGACGCCGCUUUAGCAACAGAUAUCAUUUAUGACGUAAAUAGGGAUGCAACUGCUGCCAUGGAACGCGUCCGGCAAGGGCAUCACCUAAGUGCGUCGGAUGUUGCGAGCUUCAUUAGACGGGUUUUCGACAAGACGACGUGCGCCUUGAAGCUCACCUCCUGCCGAUCUAGCACAGAUGUAGCAGGGCCGCCUCCCAAGACAAGUGGUGUACACGCCGAGUCGUCUCGGCCGUCUGACGUGCACCGACGUUCUUCUGCUUCGGCACCCACACGACCCCUUCUAUCACGUCCUGGAGGGUCCGAGCAACAUGGUACGAAUUAUACUUUUGAAUAAUAUUGACCAAUAUCCUUUACUUAUUGUUAUUAAACAUUCAUUAGGUCCGUCUGCACAAGUCUCGACGCAGCCUCGUAGAUCGAGCCCUGUGCGUCCACAGUCAGGUACUCCGGGAACUCUUCUUCCUACUUUCUAAUACUUUCGGCAGAAUAAGUUAGAACUGUGCUCAGGUUACUUCGGUGACGAGGCCGGUCCGUCUUCGGCGGCCCCACGCCCUACCCCCCCCCCCCGCAACGUACUACAGCACGUCAGCGUGACCUUCUUCUGCUGCACCGUCGUACCACGCAGGCCCCUCUAGCCAGUACACAUGGACGCAUGCCGAGCCUUCACAGUCCUCCUACCCUAGUCAGGGGGAUGAGGCUGGCCCCGACACCGCAUACGACAUCGUCCGGGACUUCUUCGGGGGCACACCUGACUACGACGUCCUUCAGCGGUCCCAGGUUUCCAGUGCACCGCUUCGGACACAGCCCACGCACGACGAGCCCUCGACACCGGUGGUCUCUACUAGUCCUACCAGACACGUCGGCCCACCCGACCCCCUCACCUACUCCAGGGGUCACGUGAGGGUUAACCAGCGGCAUCGGGACCACGAUGGGGCGCACGGGCGACGGCAACGAGGGAGGCAUGAGUAGCAUUUUACAUUUUAUGUAACUAACAUAUGCAUAUUCGCUUCGUGAUGUACUCCUAUGUAGUAAGACACGUUCACUUUGUAUGGUCGACUUAGCAUUUCGUAAAUGCAUUUCAUAUUCAGACACGUUCAAUGAAGAAGUGACCAC